AUGAAACACUCUAUAGUUGUUGAAAUCAAAGGAAAAAUGUUAAUCAUAACGUUCGGACUUAUUUUAUUUUUCUCAUCGUCUCAAUCCGACAGCCUUUUUAGGCCAAACUUGCCUGUGGGCGAAUAUCUCAUAGUGUAUGAUAAACUAUAUCCGUGUGAAAAAACAAAAAACUAUCCACUUCAAUUCAAUUGGUAUUUAAGUAAAAAGACAUCAAAUGUAACGGAGGUAAAAGGCAAUACGACAUUUUUGAUACCAUUCGAUGAUACUCUUACAAUCGAUUUUAAUUUAGCAUCUUGGGGAUCAACUGGUGGAUGGGUGCCAAAUGCAUAUAUUGUCAAGACAAAAAAGGCAUGCAGUAAUGCAAAAUCUAUCUUUGGAAAUUCGUGGCUUAAAUUUAUAGAGGGUUUUAACAUUCCAACUGAUAAAUGUCCACUACCAGUG